UUUAGGAGGGCGCGGGUGAUCCGCGCGGGCGCCAGCCGGGUCCUCCAGCGCGCGCGCCCAGCUGCGGCGCAGCGUCGGUGCCCGCCGCCAGAGGAUGCCCGCACGGUCUUGGGCGGCCUUGAGGAGACCUCUUCUGCCAGCCCUGCCUGUUCCCCAGGGCCCUUCCAUGGGUAGCUUUAAUGCCACAGGCGCCCUUGCGAGCGGGACUGAGGAUGGAUAGCCCCCCCAAGCUGACUGGAGAAACGUUGAUCGUCCACCACAUUCCACUGGUGCACUGCCAGGUCCCGGACCUGCAGUGCGGCAGUGCUCGCCAGCAGACCAACCCUUUCCUCCCUUCCGACUUGGGGGUCCGGCAGACCAGCUCGCUCCCCGAGGGGAACCCUUUACAGCAGGACUUGCCGGUCUACGGCAGCUUCCUCCGGGCAUCUGACGGGGCUCUGGAAGAGGAGCCCGUGGGCAGGCAAAGCCCUCCCCCCACCCUGGCUGCCCCGGCGGCCCCCCAGCGGCAGAACCCCUUCCUGCUGAGGGACGGCGGCGAGGCCCGGGACCUCUGUGAAGACGACCCGGGGCAGACGUCCUUCCACCUGCACCACGGCCAGCCCGCCUUCCGCCUGCACGAGCUGGUGCUUCCCCCCUUCCACUUGCAUGGCAGCAGUCGCCCUGCCGUGCAGCCAUGGUGCAGCAGCAGCCGGGGGGACGUUGUUGAAGGCCGUGUGGGCCUGCCAGCCAACGAGGAGGCCCAGGAAAAGAGCCGCCUGGCAGCAGAAUGCAUGGAGCUGGAUGAGUAUGGCUGCCACCGCGGGGACCCCCCCAGUUUCUCCCUGGAGCAGGAGUGGGCCAGUGAGUCGGAUGAACCGAUGAACCCCCCGGAGGCCACCCACAGCCGGGCAUGCAGCUGCUCUGGUUCCGAGCCGCAGCGCUGCCGGUGCUGCAGCCUCUCGAGCCAGUCAGAGCCUCUGGACCAGCAGAUGGGCUACAUCAGCGACUCCUCCUGCAACAGUUCCGACGGGGUCCUGGUGAACUUCAGCACCCUCUACCAGAGAAGGAACGGCCACCCUCACACCAACCUGAACUCGGGCAACUUGUCCUGCGACUCCUCUUCUGGCAGCCAGUCGGAUGUUGCGGCCUUUUACCUUGAUUUGCACUCCCCGUCCCAGGAGUCGAAGAUGCCCCAAGGGCUGCGUGACCUGGAGGGGCCAGGGAAGGCCUGCGGGUGCCAUCGCCCCUCUUCCCCAGUCUUGGAUGCCAACUGCAACUCCUACCCACCGCUCUGCGAUCCGUGCCCAUCCGAUGGCUCUGACCUCACUGCCUGCUUCCAAAGCCAAGCGCGGCUAGUGGUGGCCACCCAGAACUACUAUAAGCUGGUGACAUGUGACUUGUCCUCUCAGUCCUCUCCCAGUCCGCCUGGCUCUUCCAUUACCAGCUGCUCUGAGGAGCAGACCAGGGGCAGCCCGGUCCAGCCAACCGAAUAUUACCUCUUCCAGAGGCCUGAGGAGAGUGACACGGACGGUUCCCGGGACGAGUCGCGGGAGGAGCCAGGGAAGAAGACUGUCGAGGGACAGGUCUACAUCAACGCCUCCCCCCCCAGCCUUGUGGGGGGUAGGCAGCGCUCCCGGAGCUACGACCGCCACCUUAAUCGCAGUCCCGCCGGCCGGCCAGGCUCAUUGGAACGCAUGCUGAGCUGCCCGGUCAAGCUGGGUGACAGCUCCUCCUUGGCCCUCCAGGGGUCCCCUCCCAAGCGCGUCACCUCCUUCGCGGAGCUGGCCAAGGGCCGGAAGAAGAACGGCUCCUCACCAACCGUUCGGACUGGCCGGGACUCGUCCCUGGAGUUCUCACCGAUCCCAGAGGGCCAGAAAGACAGCUCCGUCUUUCUGGAGAAUCAGGAGCAGCACAGCCAGAGCCUCCCGCCCUUGCCACCAGAACGCUCCCUCGGCCACAGCUCCGAAGGUGAACUCAGGGCUGCCGGAAAAGUCUCCAGCUCCAGGGAGGUGCCUUCCUGGAGGCAAGAUGGGGCUGAGCAGCUCUUUUUCCCAGCAGCGGCAGAGAUGGGGGCUGGUGCCGCAGGUGUCCUUGGCCAGAAAGACAUUCGAGCCCAAGCUGAUGGCGGCGCAGCGGAUGGCAAGGUCGUGCGCUACAGCAAGGACCAGCGUCCCACCACGCUGCCCAUCCAGCCCUUCGUCUUCCAGCACCACUUUCCCAAGCCGGCAAAGGGCCGGGCCCUGCACAGCCACUUGGCCUCCAGCCUCUCCCAGCUCUACGGCCUCUCUGCUGCCGCAGCUGCUGGUCGCCCGGCGAGCCGGCCCCUCUCUUCUGCUUCCCAGUCCUCCACCUCCACCGAGGGGCCUCUGGGGCAGGGCCAGCGUUCUGCCGAUGGAGCGGCUUCCCUCAGCGAUGGCCGCACCAAGAGGGGGCCGGGGCCGGAGACCACCCGCCCAUCCCCGCUGGGCAGUUACUCUCCGGUGCGCAACAACGUGCCUUUCUUCCAAAGUGUGGAGUCCUCCUGCUCGCCCACCCCGGAGACUCAGCCACCCCGCAGCAAGUCCUGCCCGGUCUCUGCCAACCUCUUGCCCAGCACCAAACCUUCCCCAGCUGCUGGCAGCUGUGCCACCCAGGGUGGUCCUGGUGCCAGUGUCUUGCACGAGGGCCCCUCGCCGAUGGCCAAGAAGGAUGACCCCACAGGCCCCACUGUAUCACUGGCCAAGGACAAGCUCCUCAGCGGCUCCCUCCUGCCGUUGUUGUCUGGUGGCUGGGGCUUGGCCAGGACAGGGAGCCACAGUGAACCCCCCUGGAAGAUGGGGUGCAGUGAGGCUGUCAGCAUCGGCUCCUUGGGCAUUGGCAUUCCCCGGCCCCUCAAUGCCAACCACCUCUCUCUGCAAGCCCUGAAGUGGCGGGAGUAUCGGCGAAGGAACCCGUUGGGGCUGGACCGCAUCUCGGACCCGGCGGGGCUGACUGGCAACCUAGACUGGAAGCAGCCGGAGAGCAGGCUCCCCUGGAGAAACCCACUGCUUGAGGUCCCGGGGGCCUUGCCCGGUGGCCGCGCCAGCCUCAGACUCCACGGGCCGGCAGUGAAACAGCCACACCAGAGCUGCCCAGACUUCUUCCCUGACUAUUUCUCCUUGGCUGAGAAACCGCCAGCUGAAUUUUGCCUCUCCCCCGAUGGCAACGCAGAGUCCAUCUCCAUUGAUCUGCUGCAGAAGAAGGGUCUUGUCAAAGCAAUCAACAUGUCUGUGGACCUCAUUGUGGCCCAUUUUGGGACCAGCAGGGAUCCCGGCGUGAAGGCCAAGCUGGGGAACAGCUCGGUGAGCCCCAACGUGGGGCACCUCAUCCUGAAAUACCUGUGUCCGGCCAUCCGGGAUAUCCUGAGCGACGGGCUCAAAGCUUACGUGCUGGAUGUGAUCGUUGGCCAGAGGCGGAACAUCCCCUGGAGCAUCGUGGAGGCCUCCACCCAGCUGGGCCCCUCGACUAAGGUCCUGCACAGUCUCUACAGCCGAGUCAGCCAGUACCCGGAGCUCACCAGCCACAGCAUGCGCUUCAAUGCCUUCAUUUUUGGUCUCCUCAACAUCCGGUCCCUGGAGUUCUGGUUCAACCACCUCUACAACCAUGAGGAGAUCCUCCAGGCGCACUACCAGCCGACGGGCUUCCUCUCACUUUCACACAGGGCCUGCCAGGGCCUCUUUGAGGAGCUGCUGCUGCUCCUGCAGCCGCUCUCCUUGCUGCCCUUCGGCCUGGACCUGCUUUUUGAGCACCACCUGCUGCAGCUGGGCAAGCGGCAGCAGCAGCAGAAGGAGCUCCUCCGUGGCCAGCAGGGCCUGCUGCUCUCCUCCCACUCCACCCUGCAGCUGAUGCGCACCCGCGGCGGGGGCAGCGCCCAGAGGACCAAUGACGGCUCUCAGGGACUGGCCUGUGGGGCCCUUCCGGAGAGGACGGGGGUGGUGGUGGUGGAGCCUGUCAAGGGCGCCGAAAGGGGCAGGCAGGAGGGCCGUAGGGAAGGUGGCCCCGGGCAGAAGAAGGACAGGCAGGCCAGCUGGUGGCUGCAGCUCACGCAGAGCUCCCGGGUCUACAUCCAGGGCUCUGCAGAGGGCGCCUGCCUGGCCCAGCACAAGCAGAAGAAGAAGGUGGGGGCGGCGGCCAGGUCGGCAGAGGCUGGGAGGGCUCCUCCCCCAAGGGAGGGGGUGGUGGAGGGCGCAGAGGCUUGCCCCCCCACAGAAGUCCCGCUCGUCAUGGAGAGGCCCCUAGCCGAGGAGGCGAAGUCCCCCUGGAGACAGGGGUCUCCUGCCGGGGAGGAAGCCAAGGAGGAGGGCCGGCCCUUCUGGACAGGCAGCCCGCCGGACGCAGUGCUGACGGAGCUGAAGCGCAGCCGGGAGCAGGACCGCGGGACGGCCCCAGGGGAGGAGCAGCGUGUUGCCCUCAGCCCUGGCAGCAGCAAGCCCAGGUGGGCUCACCUGUUUGGUUCCCGCCAGGCACCCAAGGACCCCAGACAGGCCAACAGGCUGCCAUCUGGCUGGUUGAGCUUGGAUCGCUCCGUCUUCCAGCUGAUGGCACAGACGGUGGGGGCCGGUGUGUGGCGCGAGGCCGAGACGGUGCCCAAGCAGCUGCCAGCAGCCCUUCCCCCUUCGCACCCUGAAGGGCAGCCUUCCAACGGGAGGGCCUCCCCUGGGGCGCCAUGGGCGGUGAAGGCACUCUGCCACCACCUUGCCACCGAGGCUGGGCAACUGAGUUUCAAGAAAGGAGACGUCCUGCGUGUGCUGGGCCGGGUGGACGCCGACUGGCUCCGCUGCAGCCACAGGGGAGGAGCCGAGAGCGGGCUGGUGCCCAUCAUGUACGUCACCCACCUGGAGGACACGGAUUAUUGAUGGGUGGGCGGCCACCAGUGAAGCCCAGAGCCGUGUGGACAG